AAAUAUUGUCAAAAAUCAAAACAAAGAUUUUGAUUGAAUUUAAUUUCUAGGGAAUAAAGGGAAUUAAUUAAAGUAUCUAGUGGUUGUAGUAUACACGCAAAAGAUAGAAAAUGCCAGCAGCUGCGGUGUAUUCACUUUUGACUAAAAAAGAAAAUGCACACGAAGACCCAAUUUACUGUUGUGUGUGGACAAGAAUAGUAAAUAAAGAGGAUCAAAAGAAAAGUCAAGAGUACAUAUUAACUGGAGGACUCGACAAUCUAGUCAAAGUAUGGUGGUUAGAAAAUAAUAGAUUAGAACUCUUACACACACUAGAAGGUCACUGUAUGGCAGUUGUCUCCAUUGCUGUUAGCCCGGAUGGAUAUACAAUAGCAUCAUCAUCUUUAGACUCCACCUUAAUAAUCUGGGAACUCACAAGUGGCAUCAAAGUACAUGAAAUAGAUACGGGUAACACAAAUGUAUGGCAGGUGGCGUUCUCACCGAAUGGCACACAACUUGUAUCUGGCAGCCAUACUGGCAAGCUGACAGUGUAUGGGAUAGUGAAAAAUCAGGUGGAUUGUGUUUUGGAUACUAGGGGAAAGUUUGCAUUGUGUGUUGCUUGGAGCAAAAAUGGGCAAUACAUAGCAAGUGGUGCGGUAGAUGGAGCAGUGCACGUGUUCAACGUAGCACAAAGCAAGCUUGUGCAUACUAUAGAAGCACACACAGAGAUUGUGAGAAGCGUUGACUUUUCACCCAACUCUCACUUGCUUCUGACCGCUUCUAAUGAUGGAUUUGUGAAGAUAUUUAAUGUGGCAAGUGGUAACGAAAUUAGCAAGCUAUCAUUGAAGUGUUGGGCGCUGAACGCUCGCUUCUCCCCCGACGGCACGCGGCUGGCGGCGGCGGCGGGCGACGGCGCGGUCGUCGUGGCGCUGCUGCACGACACGACACUGCUGAAGACCUUCCGUGAACACACGGAUACGGUAUGGGAUGUCCAAUUCAACGCGCAGAGCAACAGACUGCUGUCCGUCGGUAAAGAUAAAACGUUAAACAUUUAUGAAUGUCCAGUGCCCGUUAAGGCUGAUAAUAAAAAAUAAUUCUUAUGAUUGUUUUUAUUUCUAUAGACUACCUU